AAGAGAACUUAGAGCUGUGAUGAUGUCUGGUGAAAUCAUCUACUCUGAUGUUACAUUCACUCUGCAUCAGAACCAAGAUACUGGAGCAGAAAUUGAACUUUCUAAUGGAGUAGCCGGACGUGAAGAGGAUGUCACAUACUCUGAGGUUAAAAGACCGGGAGGUAGAGCUAGUGAGCAGAAGGAUCCUGGGAAAGGAAGGGACCCUGGCAAUAGUGACCCCACUCCCCCAGUGGGGUCAAAGGCUAAAAUCCCUGAUGGAGGGUAUGGGAGAGUUCCUGUGGCGACCCUGGUGUGUCUCUGUGUUCUACUGCUCGGCUUGGCUAUCACUCUGGCAGUCCUCUAUGCUUCCAACAUGACUAGUCUUCAAGCUGAGGGGGCUCGCUUUGCCCAGAUGAAAGGGAAUCUAACAGGGAAACUGCAUGAACUGCAAGACAGCUAUAAGAGACUACAGAAUGAGACCCACAUCAUAACAGUCCAGGAAGAGAUGUUCUCCUCAGGUCUUCGUGACUGUGAGACCAACCUGACUAGGGUCAAAGAUCUCCUGGCAACCAUCCAAGGGAAUCAGAAGGAAUGUAAUGCUGAUACAAAAUCAUGUUCUCCUGGCUGGGAGUUCUACAAUGGAUCAUGCUACUACUUCUCUAUAGGCAAACUGACCUGGGAACAGAGUCAGCAUGCCUGCAUCCGUGACGGAGGACACCUGGUCAUUGUAGAGAGUCAACAGGAGCAGGAGUUUAUAAUCAAAAGAUUUGUGAGAAGCACUGAUUUUGAUAACAGCCCCUGGAUUGGACUGACAGACAAGAAGCAAGAGGGAGUGUGGGUCUGGAUGGACAAUACAACUCUUGAUGACAGCAUCAAGUUCUGGGACCCAAACACUGAAACAUUUUCAAACCGUCCAGAACCAAAUAACUGGGAGCCAGGUGAAGACUGUGCCCGAAUCGGUCAAAGAUGUUCCAGUCGGAUCAAAUGCUGGUUUGACUUUUCAUGUGACCAACCAUGUCGGAGAAUCUGUGAGAGUCGUGCAGCCUGUGAGAGACCUGCAGCCACUUCAUAGUGCUGCCAAAUUGAAUGUAUUGAAUUAGUAACCAGCACAAGGUACUGCAUUGUAGGGCAGUAUAAAGGACCAGUUUCCCAGACACAGAUUAAACCUAGUCCUGGACUAAGAAGCAUAUUCAAGAGAGAUUCUCCAUUCAAAGUGUUUCUUAGUCCAGGACUAGGGAUUAAUAUGUGUCCAGGAAACCGAUCUGUAAUGUCUAAUUUGGAUUCAUGGAGAGUACUAGCCAUACAAUGAAUAUACCAAGCACUGGAGUUGCACCCCCCCCCACCCCCCCUUUUGCCCUCAGAACAGCCUCAAUUCAUCAGGGUGUGGACUCUACAAGGUGUCGAAAGCGUUCCACAGGGAUGUUGGCCCAU